AUGGCAUACUCUGGAUCAGCAGACGAUGUAUUGCUUAAAUCUGCGGAGGAUUCCGGAUAUAGUCAAUGUAUCACCAUUGCAACACGAUGUUGAAUGUUCUGACAGACUCGUGUCUCAAUUUUUUUAUUGGAUGAUUUAGGACUGUUUAAUCCAACCAGAAAAACGUUUUUAAACGGUAUUUAGACCAAUGUAAGCGAGAUAAUAACAUGUGUCUUUUUGUUUAUCGCGCAUUCGUGACCUCACGAGUUGCCUCCCUUGUUGGUUCAUGCUACCUGAAGUUGUAAGCUGUUAUAACUGUUUUAACUGCCAUAUCGAAACUUGAUAUAACAUACGCAUGCGUGUCGAUUGAUCGUGUACAUAUAUACUUUUGACGACAAAUUCACCAGGGUCUGUUUGCAAUCGUUGCUGUGACGCUAUAACUGUAAUUCGAUAAUUUGUCGGUGCAAAAGAAAAUCAUGCAAUUGAGAGUAAAUAUAACACGAAACAAAUGGAUGAGAGGACUUUUACUGUUAUUACUUAUACUAUGCGUAUGGUUUGGUGCUGAAGAUAUUCACGAAGCCGUAAAUAUUCUAAUGUACUCUAAAUCUAAUUCUGUGGGCAGCCUCGACACACGUCAAAUGUCAGAUGCGUCAAAUUUUCGAGUGUUUGACACAUCCGUGGACUAUUCCAAUGCGGAACAAAUUUACAAAUGCGUUAAUCUAACAAUAGAAAAGCUGGCCAGCACUCCAAUUUGCGUUUACGAUCCAGCAAUUGAUAUCUGGGUUUCAGGUUAUAUCAUAAGCAAGGGCAACUUUGAAGGUGAUCUUAUUCUAGAAUUGGUGAAAAUACUCCAGGACAAUCCCAGUCUAACAUUCUUGGAUAUAGGAUGUAACGUAGGUGUCUACACCCUGGCUGUUGCCAAGUUUGGGCGGCAGGUGACCGCUGUGGACGCUAACCGAAAGAAUCUAGAGAUGGUUGCUACCUCCUUGGUGAAAGGAAACCUGACGGAAAAGGUGAAGCUGAUAUGGAAUGCGAUCUCGGACAAAGAAGAAACAGUUGGAUUGAACCAUUGGAAAGGGAAUGUCGGUGGUUUACAAAUGAUCAGUGGAAUAGGUCCCAUAAAUGAUAGCAGUGGAUAUGAAAGCUCCAAAGCAAUCGUUCUUGACAAUUUGGUACCAAUUUUCAGGAAAAAAUCACUGGUUAUCAAAAUGGACAUAGAAAAAUUUGAACUGAAAGCCAUGUUAGGUGGGAAGAAGUUCUUUGAAGAGGUCGAUGUUCGAUUUCUCUUAAUGGAAUGGGUUCACCAUGCUUGGACGGAUGUAGGGGGCAAAAUUAUACAGUUCAUGAUGGAGAGAGAAUAUAUUCCGGUUAUGCCGUUACAGAGGCUAGUUCGAUUGCAAGCUGAAAACCGGACGACAUGGCCUAACGACAUAAUGUGGAUAAAGAAUUCCAACAAAGUCCCAUAAUGAUUUAAGUGGACGGACGAAAGACAUAUGGGUUCUUUUAUUUUAUCUUAUCAUUUAUAUUUCAAGGUAUUUUUUUUUCAGACAAUUUACUAUAACAAUUUAUUAUAAAACCAUCAAUACAUUGAGUUCUUAGAGAUAGGUUUAAGCGCACAGUUGUUUAGCUCAGCUGAGCAUUUGUGAUCGCCUUCGUCCGUCGUCCGUCGUGCGUCAACAGUUGCCUUGUUAACACUCUAGAGGCCACAUUUAUUGUCCAAUCUUUAUGAAAUUUAGUCAGUAGAUUGGUCUCAAUGAUAUCUUGGAUGAUUGUGAAAAUGAUUACGUUUGCUUGAAAAACAUGGCUGCCAAGGGAUAUAUGGCUAUACAUUCCUUUAGUAAAACCUUGUUAACACUCUAGAGGCCACAUUUAUUAUGCAAUCUUGCUUGGAAAACAUGGCCGCAUGGGCAUUUUUCCUUAAAUGGCUAUAGUACAACCUUGUUAAUACUCUAGGGGCCACAGUUAUUAUCUGAUCAUCAUGAAACUUGGUCUGAAGAUUUGUCCCAAAAAUAUUUUGGACAAGUUCGAAAAUGGUUCCGGUUGCUUAAAAACAUGGUCACCAAGGGGUGGGGCAUUUUUCUUAUAUGGCUAUAUAUGACUUUAGUAAAACCUUGUUAACACUGUAGAGCCCACCUUUAUUGUCCGAUCUUCAUGAAACUUUAUCAGAAGAUUUGUCACAAUAGUAUCUUGGAGUUUGAAAGUUUGAAAAUGGUUUCGGUUGCUUGAAAGCAUAAAAGUUGGUUAGAACAUUUGCUCUAAUGACAUUUUGAGCACAGAACAGAUCAGUUCCUUUGAAUCGCAGGUGAGCGACUUUGGGCCUUUCAUGCCCUCUUGUAAAAUCUUACUUUGUUAACGUUCGUUUACUUAGUUUGCUAAUUAUUUGUUGUAUGUAGUUUUAAGUGUUUGAGUAUUUGGCUUAAUAAAUCUUUUUUUUCGUUUCUAUGUUUCGUCACAGAAUUUGCAAUAACAAUCAACCAAUGGUAUGCAUGUUAUUUGUACAAUGUGAUACCAUUCAAUUUAAUUUCGGUAUUUACGUUUUCAAACUACCUACAUUGUGUAAUGUUAAACUUAAAUUGUUGAUUUUUUAUGCAAACAUAAAUUAAGUAGUUAACAUGAAAAAGUUAACGUUGCACAAAUGGCAAUACAAUAAGACUUGCAAAUAUAUGAUUUCAUUUAUUUGUAAGAUUGUAU